GGAAGCGGAAGCGGUCGGCGCCAGCCCCGGUUGAGAGAGCCGCUGCCUGUUCUCUGUCUCUCCGUUGUUGCCGCUGCGCGUCGCCCGCCCACCCGCGUGAUGGCGGCUACGGCGCUUCCUCCGCUGCCGCCGCAGUUCAAGAGCAUCCAGCACCAUCUGCGAACAGCGCAGGAGCUGGACAAGCGCGAGCCGGUGGUGGCGUACUACUGUCGUUUGUAUGCAAUGCAAACAGGGAUGAAGAUUGAUAGUAAAACCCCAGAAUGCCGUAAAUUUUUAUCCAAACUUAUGGACCAGUUGGAAGCUAUGAAAAAGCAAUUUGGUGAUAAUGAAGCAAUUACUCAGGACAUUGUUGGUUCUGCUCAUGUGGAGAAUUAUGCCUUGAAAAUGUUUUUGUAUGCAGACAAUGAAGACAGAGCUGGGCAAUUUCAUAAAAACAUGAUAAAGUCCUUUUACACUGCAAGUCUACUGAUAGAUGUUCUAACAGUGUUUGGGGAGCUCUCUGAAGAGAAUGCCCAGCACAGGAAGUAUGCUAGGUGGAAGGCAGCAUACAUUCAUAACUGCUUGAAGAAUGGAGAGACUCCUCAGCCUGGACCUAUUGGAAUGGAAGGAGAGAGCUUUGGAGAUGUUGAAAGGGAAGAAGCAGAGUCAUCUUCUCUCCAUAGUGGAACAACUCAACCAACAUCAUCAUCUACAUUUGAAGGUAACAACAAAGCAACUAGUAAUUACACUGGCAUACAUAUACCACCAGGUGCCCAUGCACCAGCCAACACUCCAGCUGAAGUACCUCAUAACACAGGAGUGACAAGUAACACCAUUCAACCUUCUCCUCAGAAUAUUCCACUAGUCGAUCCUUCCCUUUGCAGUGCUCAGUCUGCAGGGGAAGUCCGUUUGACUCCAGAGGACUUUGCCAGAGCUCAAAAGUAUUGCAAAUAUGCUGGCAGUGCUUUGCAAUAUGAAGAUGUGAGCACUGCUGUACAGAAUCUACAGAAGGCCCUGAAGUUACUGAUUACUGGCAGAGAAUGAAGCCUUUAUCCAACAGAUUCAUGGCUUUUGCCUAAAGAACUAACAGCUUAUUACUGUACCUAUUAGGGGAGUGGAGUUAUACAGAACUUCUCAGUCCCAUCACCCAUGACAGUGAAAUUACUGUUUCAGUGUCAGGUUAGCAAUUAAUGGUACAGUAGGUAACUCUUCAUUUUACAAACUGUGGAGCUAGAAAUACAAGAAUGCAGUGGCUUGACAUAAGCAAGAUGCUAAAGAAAGCACUGUGAACACUGCUCAAGAGUUAGAAUUCAUCUUGCAAUAUUUAGAUUAUUGGAAUGGGAAAAAGCUGAAAAUGUAAAAAAACUUGAGCAUGAGAAUGUUGUAUUAAAAUUCUUGCUCUGAUUUUAUUAUUUCAAACAAUUAUUUAAUAAGUAUAAUAGCUUUAAAAUUAUAGGUUAGAUUAGAGUUUUCCUCUGGAAAUUAGAGCAUGUGGGAAAGCCCGCAGUGGGAAGGACUUUUUUCUAUACAUAUAUUAUUUGGAUAUUAUCUAAGACAUAAGUCAAAGCUGAGGGAGACUUGGGGACAUUUGUAUUUCAUUUUAAAACAUGAUGGUAAAAACAUGAUACUUCAGAGAGAGUUAUUAUGACGGUGUUCCAUACUGAAUCCCCACAACUGUUGGGAUUGCUACAUGUAUUCUUGAUAUUGGUUCUUGCUCCUUUUGUGUGAACACUUAAAAUUUUGUAUAUGUAUGGAUAAUUAAGAAAAAGUACUAAUAUUUGUCAGAGAUGAUCCUGAAACGAAAGGCAGAGAUUCUAAACCACCUGAACUUUUAGGGAGAUUUACUCUGUAGCUGUUCCAUCUUUUAAGAAGCCAUUAAAGCAGUAUAAGUUCAUCUCUGGUAUUAGUGUCAUAGAGCUUCUUAUUUCUGGCUAAUAUUCUUCCUGUCUGCUUUGUUCUGGAGACUUUUUGGACUUGGGAUUUAAUUAAAAUAUCUUGGAAA